AUGGCCACACCCAGCACCCAGGCCAUAGAGUUGGAGGCGGGCUUCCGUCUCAGGGAGGAUGCGUACCCCCAGCAGCAGUGCGCUCCCCGCCCCAACACCUCGCUAAGGGAAUCACGACUUCGCCCCCGAGUCCAUGCGACCCGUUUCGAGGGAAAGCUCCAAAGAAAAUAUGGCGCCCCCGAUGCCGAGGAGUACGAGUCUCAUCGUCGUUGCAUCGAGGAGCUCAAGGCCGAACUGGGCACCCUGCGGUACAGCCUGAGCACAAUCGAGCAGGAAAAGGAAAUGGCCGAAGCCCGGCACAAGACCGAAAUCGAGGACCAGAGGCGGCGAGCACAAGAAGACUUUGAGAAGAAGCAAGCUGCCGAGGCCGAGAGUGCCAAGGUUGCUCGCCAGCUCGAGAGCGUGCAGGCCGAGCUGCGCGAGCUGCGCGACGCCGCGACGCAGGACAAAUCGACGUUUGAUAAAAGGGUUCGCGAUGCCGAGGCAGAGAACCGUCUAUUGACGGAGCAAAUGGAGGAGCUCGUGACCGCCAAGGAUGACGCAGCGCGGAUCAAUGAGAAGAAGGUGAUGGACAUCCAGAUGGAGCUCGACACGGCGAAACGAGACGCGCAAGAGCUCGAGCAGGAAACCGCUUCGAGGGAGGCUAUGCUCCAGACCACACAAACGCAGCUCGCCGAAAAGGACAACCAGAUCGGGAGCUUGGAGGCCGACGUGCUUCGUCUUAAGGCCCAGACGGGUGAUGCCGAGACCAUGGCUGUGAUUAAGCGGGAGCUCACCGAGCAGGUCCAGCACAUUCGAAGGCUUGAGGCCACAAACCGCGAACAGCUCUCCGAACUCAGGCACCUCCGGCAAAUACACAAAGCCGUUGAGGUGGUGGAAGAGGAGAAGAGAAUGCUUCAGAGGAAACUCGAGGCCGCGGAAACUCUAGAAGCCGAGUUGGAUGAGGCCAGGAUACAGCGGCAGCGGCUCGAGGACGAGCGCCUCGCUUGGACAGCGUAUCUCCAGUCCGCAGCGGAAUCGGGUGGGGAAGAUAUGCAGUUUGAAUCUCCCGAAGAGCUCGCGCGAGCCCUCGUCCGGGAGCGCCUUACCUCGGCAUCGUAUGUGGAGCAAAUGGGCACUCUCCAGGCUGAUGUGGCUGCCCAUGAAUCCACCAUUCAGGCCUUGGAAGAAGAAAAGGCCGAGCUCAGGGCCGAGGUGGAAAAGGCCAAAGACGCCACUGUUUCUAGCGUCGCUGUUGGCGGCGACAAGCUCCGCGCGAGGCUAGAACGGCAGCGAGCUCUCGCUACCAAGGAGGUGGAAUAUCUCAGGGCACAACUCAAGACCUUUGACGCGGAGGACCUCACCUUCCAGCCCGAGCAGCACGACCAAGUCCGCGCGCAAAGAAUUCAGGAGCUCGAGGAUCUCGUCGACCAGUACAAGGCCGAAGUGCAGGCCCUUCACGGUGAGCUCUCCGCCCCUGCAGAACCCGUGACCCCGGUUGCCGGCAGCAAGCGUCAGCGAUCCGUCGAGCCCGCCGGCGGCCCGUCGCACGAGCAAAUGGGCCAACUCGUCCGGAAGAACCGCAAGCUCCAGGAUGAGUUUACCGCUCUGCAAACCAAGCUCGCCCUUAGCGAAAAGGAACUCUUUGAGGCCGUCAAGACGUCAACACUCGAGGCGCUAAAGAAAGAAAACGCCGAGCUACUCGCCCACAUGCAAAACCCCAAGAGCACAAGCUCAUUUCCCACCAUGCCCGCGUCGAUGCUGGAAGCCGCACAGCGCCAGGUCCGGGAGGCCAGGGCGGAGACGGCGUCGGCGCAAAAGUCGGCCAAGCGCCUCAAGGAGGUGUGGACGGCCAAGAGCGCCGAGUUCAAGGAGGCCAUCUUUAGCACCCUGGGCUGGACCGUCACCUUUAUACCCAACGGCAAGAUGCGCGUCGAGAGCGUCUACUAUCCCAGCCAGACGGACGAGCACGAAAACAGCAUCGUCUUUGACGGCGAAAAGGGGACCAUGAAAGUCGGCGGCGGGCCCCGCAGCGCUUUCGCGCAGAGGAUCGAUGACCAGAUCAAGUUUUGGGUUCGGGAAAAGGGUUGCAUACCGGGUUUCUUGGCGGCGCUCACCUUGGAGUUUUACGAUGAGCAUUCAAAGGCGCCGAGGGACUAA